GAUGUCCAUGUCGUCGCGCGACUUCAGUGCUGCGGACGGAGAAGUGCGCAAGGUUAAGCGGAGAGGAGGAAGAAUCGUGAAGUCUCGCUACCUGGACUACAAUAAGAAGAAUGUCAGUAAGAAUAUGACAGGAAGUUCCUUUUCAACACCUACUGCUAAACCAUCUUCUGCGACUAAACCAACAGCAGUUCAUCCUCAGAAAUGUAAAACUUCUGCUGGUGUUGUCCCUAACUCAUCAGUUCAGAGUAGUUUUGAGGAAGGUGACUUGCAGUCUACUUUGUUAGAUGCAGAUAAAAUGACUCGACCGGACUUUAAUCUUUCUGCUAUUAAUGAUCCAAGUGUCCGCAGAAAGACUACUAGUUCAAAAGCUGGUUGCAAAGAAGAUACAAGGACACCACAAAACCCCCGAAAAGAAGAAAAUGAUCCUGAUGAGGUGAUACAAGAACUGGAAUCUCAGACAAUGCUUUUAACUUACCUAAGAAUAAAGGCAGGAAAAAAUCUUGCCAAGCUGGAGGAAAAAGCAGAGAAAAACUUGUUAAUGUUGUGUGAAGAAAAGGAGAGACAGCAGGAGAAGCUCAUUGCGUUGAAGCGGGAAAUUCUGCUGAAAGAGAGAGAGCAGGCGCUUGAUGAUGCACUGGACAAACAGAUGGAAGUACUUCCUCCCCUUGUUGCUGUUUGUGAACAGCUUAAAGAGCAAUAUAAAAGCUUUGCAGAUGCCCUGGAUGCCACUAGGCAUGAAUUACCCACAAAGAAUAUUCACAUAGAAGGGGAUAUGCUAACAUACCUUGAUGAGCUGCAAAAGCAUUUAAGUGUCACGCAGGAACUUCUAGCAGAAGUUACGCCAAGCUACGCAGAAGAAAGUGCCAAAGCAUUUAGUCUGCUGAAAGAUCUUAAGGAAGUGUCUCAGAAGUUGGAUGAAGAGCUUCAAAGGAGCUUCACGCACGUACAGAACCUGUCGUUUGAAGUUAGUAGAGAAGUUUCUCUGCGUAACCGAAGAAUAUGCGAAGAGAAUUAUGGACUAGAUGUUGUGAAACACUG